AUGAUUACAAAAUUCAUGACCGAAGUCACGGUCAAAUUCAACCCUUUCUCGCCUUGCGCAAAGCCUGCUCGGCUGUUUCUCACGCUGCUGCCUCCUGACGCUCGUGCCCAUGGCACUGCCAUUACCACAAGUCUAUUAUCUCGGUCCUCGCCAGAGUCGAGCUCUUUGAAUGUCAAGUUUAAGGAUGGCAAGGAACUGAAGUUCGACUGCGCAAAGACUAACAUCAAGGGUCUCGUCGAGGAAGUUGACCGACACUCUCGUCAGCUUCAAAAAGCGGCCGACCUGAAAGAUUGA